CGGCGAAUACUAAAAUAUCUAAAAAGACCAGUGUCUCACUGACAGGAAAAGACUCUAUUCAUCAGACCUACUGUCACAGACAGGACCCAAUUCAAGAUACUACGUCAUGCAACACAUGGUGGGCUUUCCCUGUUCACGCAAGGCAUUGUGGGAUACAUAUUUGAAACAGAACCAGACUUCCAGAAUGUUCCAGGGCCACUCCAGUAUGCCUGUUUCUCUUACGAGAAAUGGUGAAAACGAACAGUGGGAUUCUGGCCCAUGGUACUCGGCCUGUCACUACCCCUCCACCUCCCAGCAUGGCACCUACCAUUAUUCCCAUUCUCCAAACUGGAGCCAGUCCUACUCCAACCGCAAGGUUCAGAACCACCUGGAGAACUCCAAGUACCACCUCCACCAAGCCCAGGCCGAGCAGGUCAAACAGUACCUGACUCUAGGGACCAAGUUUGCCGGCCAGGCCCACCCACACCCGGGCCAGGCCCUGGGUACGAUGCCUGUCAUGCGUAACGGCCAUAUGACACCUGUCAGUGACAACAGCACGCCUGGAAGCCCCGUCACCCUGUUCACCCUCGCUAACAGUCACGACACUGAGUUUCCAGUGGAUGAAGUUAUUGAUGAUCUUAUUGGCUUUGAAUCCGGGUUCAAUGAUGGGAGCUUGGAGUGUAUGUCGCCUAGCAUCAUAAUGCAAAAUAACGUGGCCCUGAACAGCAGCAUGCUGGAAGUCUAUGGCGGUGACCAAGGUAUGACUGCCUCUCAUGGUGGACUGCCACCCCCCUCAUGCCCCACAAAGCUCUCUGUUAAAAUGGAAGUCACAGAACAUGACACCAGAGUCUUAGCAAAAGAAAGACAGAAGAAAGACAAUCACAAUUUGAUUGAAAGAAGGCGGCGAUAUAACAUCAACUACAGAAUCAAAGAGCUUGGAACUCUGAUACCGAAGUCCAAUGACCCUGAUAUGCGCUGGAACAAAGGGACCAUCCUCAAGGCCUCAGUGGAGUACAUUAAGUGGCUUCAGAAAGAGCAGCAACAUGCGCGAGAGCUGGAGAGCCGCCAGAAGAAGCUGGAGCAGGCCAACAGGAGACUACUGCUCCGGAUUCAGGAGUUAGAGAUCCAAGCUCGUGCUCACGGUCUGCCCAGUAAUCUGGGAGCAGUGGAGCUCUCGUCUCACCUCAUGAAACAGCAGCAGCAGCAGCAGGCACUCCCAGCUCCUGCGAGUACUCCUGGAGCGCAGACUUCUCUCUACCCACAGGAUGAGCUCAACGGCCCUGAGUACCUGCAGAGGAACUCCCUGUCUGUGCUCCAUGCUGGGAAAGAAGGCAACAGCAGCUCCUCUGGUGAGCACGCAGACGCCUCUUCGACGACCUUCUCGGAUCCACUGUCACACUUCACGGACUUCUUUAGUGCCACUCUGAAGGAGGAGCAGCGGCUGGACGAGCUCCUCAUGGAGGAGGCGCUGUCUCCAUUCGGGACUGACCCGCUGCUUUCAGCCACUUCGCCCAAUCCCUCGAAGGGGAGCAGCCGCAGGAGCAGCUUUAGCACGGAUGACAACGAUGACCUUUGACCACUGUUUUCCUCCACUUCGAGACCUGGCAUAUGUGACUGACCUCCAGCUUUUUCGUUAGACACAGACACACACGUCUUUUUCUCCUGGAAGUCAGAAACAUCAAAAAAGGGGAGAUGAACUGAUCUUCUGUAACUACUGUACAGCCUGCUGUGUCGGACAGACAGCCUUUACUGUCGAUACUUAUAACACUGGUCACACACAUCACUGGACUAUUAAAACUGCAUAUUUCUGAAGUGUAACCUAAUGGCAUUGUUCAUAAGGAUCAGAAAAGUAAAAGUGAAGAGAUGAUGGAGGAGAGGAGCUUUCCCCCCCUCUUCUGUCACGCCUUAUCUAAAACAGGGUUAGCUUUAUCAACAUAUACAAGAGGAAGUGAUGUAAUUUAAUCGCAAUAAAACUAACGUCUUUUUUCUUCUAAAGUAUUUUUAAAGGAAAAUAUCACUUUGUGUAUUUAUACAUCCUAAUCCCCGUAUUGUUGGAAAGAAGUGUCUUAGGCAAUCUAACAAAGUUUCUUUUUUAUAUCUUUGGGGUGGAGAAAAUGCAUUAAACCCCUUUUUGAUAAA